AUGCGCAUCGCCCAGGGAGCCGUGCCGCCUAUCGAGGUCACGCACAUGAAAACACUCCUCUUCCUCUUGCCCACGUAUAUCUCCGCAAAGUAUUGCGGCAUGGGCUUCAAGCAAAUGCUGAAUAACCUUGCUUCUUCAGGCGCGUCUUGCUUGAGGCCUGAGAAGGUACUCAAGGUCCUGAAGGCGUAG